AUGCUUUCUGGACAAGAGCCCCCAAGGAGAAAGCAUGGAUAUUGGGAUGCCUACAACGAAGAAGGUGGAGGUGGUGUUGAUGUUCAUCAACCAAGGAGGCGUCGAAACCACAACAUUUCUGGCAAUACAUUUUAUGCAAACAAAGGCGAGCGUGUUGGGAUUAGCAAAGUUGGCAACAAGUACAACAAGAAGUCGAGCAUACCAUUUCUUCUGGUCUUCUUGUUCUUCUAG